UAAAACACCGAAUGCCACGUUAGCAAACGUGCACCGGCGAAAACAAACAUAUCUUGAGAAAUGGAUGUGUUUCAUGUAUUCUUCGUUUUAUUUGCAAUUUAUAUUACAUUUUCAGAUGCCUUAAUGUUUCAUAUAUCUCCAAAUACGAAAAAAUGUCUGCGAGAGGAAAUCCAUAAAGAUGUUUUAGUUGCUGGAGAGUAUGCAAUUUCAGAUGCACCUGGACAAAAAGUUAACCUUGCAGUAACAGAUUCAAAAGGACACAUAUUAUAUAAUAAAGAAGAUAUUAAAAAAGGAAAAUUUGCCUUCACUACAGAAGAAUAUGAUAUGUUUGAAGUAUGUUUUGAAGCAAAGAUGACUACAGGUGGACAUGGUUCAGACACAGAAGUAACGUUGGAUUUAAAGCAUGGUGUAGAAGCAAAACAGUAUGAUGAUUUAGCUAAAGCAGAAAAAUUAAAGCCUUUGGAAGUUGAGUUGAGGAGAUUAGAAGAUUUAUCCAAAUCUAUAGUAGAUGAUUUUGAAUAUAUGAAGGCUAGAGAAAAAGAAAUGAGAGAUACCAAUGAAUCCACUCAUUCACGUGUGAUGUACUUUAGUAUUUUCUCAAUGUGCUGUCUUUUAGGAUUAGCAACAUGGCAGGUUCUGUACUUAAGGAGAUACUUCAAGGCCAAGAAAUUAAUAGAAUAAGAAAAAUAGACAUAGUUUAACAAAUUAACAAAACUUUUUCUACACGGCAGACUAUUUUUUUUCUGAAUCAUCAUGACAGCAUACCAACAUUCAAAGACAAAACUUUUCUUGUUGAAUGAAAUUAUAUUUUGGUUGAAUGUGUGGUCUAUUAAGAAUAUAACAGAUAUUAAAAGAAAUUGAUAAAAAUAGUCAUUUUAAGUUUUCAGCGGUGAAAGGGUUUAUAAAUUUCAUAUCUUUUUUUUUAUCAUUACAUACAAGUUUGUUAUAUAUAUUUUUUUCUAGCAGUAAUGAAUUUUUUCAAAAAAUUUAAUGUAGAUAUUGAAAAGUAUGAAUUUAGUGGUGCUUUCAAAUUAUGUUAUAAAAUAAUUUUUUUUUAUCCAUAUUGAUAAACAUUGUUGUUGAGAAUAUGGACAACACAUUAUACAUGUAGUUUAUGCAGUGUUUUUUUAAGAGAAUAAUAGUACAGAAAACUAUCAUUAUUAUAAUAACACAGAACACUGACUGCACAUUUUAGGUAAUUCUGAAAAUGCAGGAAUUGUUCAAAAUCAGAAUGCAAACUCUGAUGUUUAUUGAAAGUAAAGUUUUACUGACCAAUUUCAAAUACUAGCAUCUUACUCUUAGCAAGUGCCAUAAGAUGGUUAUACACAGUCAAGAGAUUAUAAUGAGACAUCAGAGACCUCUACUGUCAGUGUAUUAUUCAAUCCAGAUUUUUCCUGUUGUAUAGCUUCCAUGCUGCAAGUGUUCUAUCACUUUGAAUUUUUUGGGCUCAAUAGAUACCGAUCAAAAGACUGUCGGAAAAUAUAUUCAGUAAAAGAUUGAAUAGAAGUAAUGAGGUGCCUAUUUCAAAAAGAUAAUAAAUCAUGAAAUUCAUUAUUACAUGUGAUUAGGACAUGUUAGUUCUAGUCAGGUCUUAGAGGGGGAAAUCACAUUACGGCCAAGUUUUGGAAAGCAAUUUUUGUUUAUACUCAGGCCAUAUAUUAAAAUUUCCAUGUGACUUGGGUGUUUUAAGUUCUUAUUUAUAUAUGUACAUAGUGUCUGUAAGUGCUUAUUAUUAAUUUAAUUGUUUUAUUUCUUGGAUGCUAUUGUUGAAAGGAAGUGUUGGUUUUUUUUUGUGUGUGUCUAAAACAGCUUUUUUAUCAACACACAAUGUGUACCCAAGGAAGGCAAUAAUAUCUUGGUGAUGGAUGUUGAAAUGAUCUUAAUUAUCACAGAGUUAUUAUAAGGUUGAAAUUAAUAGGCAGACGUGAUUCCAAGGUGCCUUCCUGGGGAUGUGUAGAAGUUUUUAUCACUUUUGAAGUUGGAAAGUAUUUUGCACAAUUUUUUUUUUCAAAUCUGGACAGGUAUUUGAAUUUAACAUUUAUUUAUAUCAUAAUAAUCAAAGCAUGGCACCAAUAUAAGAUGAAUCCUAAUGAUGAUGUAUAUAGUUGCUAAAGUAUGUAAAUGGAUUUUUUGGCUUUUUCUUGGUUUUGUAAAUGAACCCAUUUGCUUUUGAUUGAAAUUUUAGUCUAUAAAUCUCAUUCAAUUGAUUAAAAAAUUAAAGGUUACAUUAACCUACCUUAAUUGACCACAUGUUGGUUGUUUUCAUUUUAAAAGAUGUAAUAGCUCAAUAGGGAUCUACUACCAAAGUUUUUUUAAUAAGCUGAAUUUUAUUGAAUAUUUGGUGUUUGUGACUUUAAUGUCUUGAGAAAAUACUAGUUGUUAUAUGAAUAACUUGUUUUUUUUUUUUACUUUAGCCCCAGUGCUGCAACAUUAUUUAGUUAAACAAAAAAAUGCUGUCUUAUUAUAUAUUUUUUAGUUGUUGCUCUCAUGUUAUCAAGGUCUUUAGGGGUUUUACUUUUUGAUGUUGUUUGAACUUGUUUCUCAAACUCAUUCUUACUAACAAGUACUUACAAUCCAAGUUCAAAGGAGAAAUUUUGCACUUCAAAUGCACCUAUGUGUUUAGCUUUUUAGACAAUGCCUAGAACAUAUUAGUGCCUUAAUGCCAUGGCAUGUACAAAGUGUAUAUAUACAAUAUGAAAUUAUCAAAGAUGUCAUUUAAGGCUGAGGAAAAGUUUUAAACUAUUUAGGAAGUACCAGUAAUCUGUUAGACUUUUCUAAUUAAAAUCCAAUAAUCUUUUCUAAAAAUUUGUUUUAUUCUGAAUCGAAAAAAAAUCUUCUAUAAUUGUGUUCAAAUUAUUAAAACCUCAUACAUGUAUAAAAACGUCCUUCAUAUAGUACAUGUAAAUACAUGCAUUGCUUAAAUUAAACAUGUCAGCUGGAUUUUUAACAAAUCCCACAAGAGUUUGAAUUUCAUUUCAUAUAGUUCUAACAUUGUUUUGUACUUCAGCCACCUUGGUUUUUAUGGCAUAAAGAUAUACCAUGGUCUGCCUUGACUCCUAAAUUUUUGUGUAAAAUCCACUGUUUUAGAAACCAAUGAAAUUUGAUCAAAUUUAUCCUCUUGUGGAGUUCACCACUGUUUAUCAAAACUUGAGUGACUUGAAUUAAGUUUUGUUCAGAUCUCAGAAACCUUAUAUUCAGAAGUAUGCCACUGUUAUCUCACACCUUAAGUCCAUAUUACAACUUUUGGUUUACCAUGAUCAUCAAAUUAAUAUAUGUUACAAACAAGAUUCAAGGUGAUUAGUUAUUUUUGUUUAUUUGAAGCAUUAUUACAGAUAUGGUGAAUGAAAGGGAGUAAGCAGUAUAUAGUUUUAAAUGUACAUAUCUUAGGAAUAUAUGACGAUGUAAAUGUAAGAUCAAAUUGUGCAUCCUUUUUUGUCUGCUUGUUCUAAAUUUAAAAAAAGAUCAUAUGAAUAAAAAAAUCAUAAACAAA